UCAAAUCAAAAUGCUCAUCUUGGUAUCUAGGAGGAAAAAAGGGUAGGUGAAUUGUGAUUAUGCAACUUUUCUUAGUCCUUCCUUACUAAUACUAAUAUAAUAUGAAUUAAAGAAGAGAACAAAAUAUUAAUAAAGUCACUUUAAUGUACUUGGGGAACCUUUAGACGAUCUCCUGUGAUCUCUCUUUUUUUGGUCUCUAAGAUUCUUUUAUUUUUUCUUUGUUUGCCUAUAAAUAGCCUAUGAUUCAAGUAACUCAAGUCUCAGGCAACACCGAGCUUAAUACUGUAGUAUAUACACACAACAAACAAAAACACUCUCUUUUCUUCUAAUAGGAACCCCCAAAAGCGAGGUUUCUCAUGCGUUUUCAGUUUUAAAUAUCUUUCAAUCCACUAGGGAAGAUUUUGUUUCUUCUACUCCAAGAAACAAGCCCUAGAUUGAUCGAGACUUCCUUCAAGAAACCAUGGACAAAGUUGUGAGAAUGUCGUCAGACAAAGGAGUGGUUAUUUUCAGCAAGAGCUCGUGUUGCCUGUCCUAUGCGGUCCAAGUCCUCUUCCAAGACCUCGGGGUUCACCCAACAGUCCAUGAGAUCGAUAAAGACCCUGAAUGUCGUGAGAUCGAGAAAGCCCUGAUGAGGCUCGGGUGUUCCACGCCGGUCCCAGCCAUCUUUGUGGGUGGGAAGCUCAUUGGUUCGACCAAUGAAGUCAUGUCGCUGCACCUUAGCGGCUCGUUGGUUCCGCUGGUUAAGCCAUUUCAGGCCAAUCUAUGUUAAAAAGGUGUCCUAACUUUCUAAACUACAAAAAUGAAUUUCAAUAAGAAGCACAAUCCUAUAGCCUAUGCAACCUUUGUAAUGUAGCAUUUUAAAAUAUUGUUUGUUUUGUAAUUUCAGAUAAUAUCCAAUAAUAAUUGACUAAUUUCUACUA